AUGCCUAGACGCAAGCGUCCUCGUGACGUGGAAGAAUAUGAAAAAUACCAGGGCCUUGUCAUCUACAUUGGGAACGUUCAUUACGAUGCCAGCCCAGCCGACUUUGAACAAUUUCUUCAAGGCCAUGGUAUAUCAUGCACACUUUACUGGCCUGAAGCUGGAGAAAGGUCUCAUGGCGGAUGGUGUUGGGCUCGCUUCCAUCAUCAUGACCACGCUAGCCAUGCGAUCAACAACCUCAACGGCGCUAUUUUCUGCGGAAGAAUGCUCAAAACUGGGCAUGUAGCCACCAACUCUAAACGCGCUCGAUUCCAAGACGGGCCAUCGUCCUUUCAGGACCGCCCUGAAAUCUAUGAUAAUCCAUUUCGACGAGAGAACCCAUUUCCAUUCCCGAACGGAUUUCAAGCCUUCAAUCCUCACACUUUCUUUCAGGAUUACAGCCAGCUGAAAUACCCAGGCCACUCGUUGCACAACUACCACCGGCCGGCCGAGCAUCCUGGCUUUUACCCCUCCGCAAACAACCGACGGCCAGCGGCCCCCUUUAGGCAGAGUGCUAACUACGGAGUGCAGUACCCGGACUCCUACCCGCCAAAGAAGACGGAGCAUCUGGAUCACCGUCACAUCCCAAAAUUGCAGGAUGUCUGGAACGCAGACAAACCCUUCCUUAACACUGCGAACAUCUUCGCCAAAGGGAUCAAGAUAUCGGGACUGGCAAUCACGGUCAACCAAGGACAGACCCCUCCAGAUGGGGCAGUAGCUCUUUCAAGGCCUGAGAAACAGGACUCACAGGAUGGAAGUAUGGACAUAGAAAUGACCGAGUCACUCCCCGAGCUCUAUUGGCAACCGGGCCGCCUCCUUGGGCCAGACCCCCAACAGAGAGCUACAAUUUCUCAUGCCGAAGGCUUUAUCAGACCGGCUGAUAUGGGUAAUAAUGUCCUUUCGGCAACGUGCCGAAGCCACAUUGUUGUAUUCAAGCGCCCCCCAGGAGUUGGACUUGGUUGGGGUGACUUUGAUCGCGUCUAUGAGUGGCAGUUACUUGGCCGCAAGGUUCAAAAGUCGAUGGUGCGAGCUCAGAGGUUUCAGCAAUCGAACUCUCCCCACAUGACCUUCAUUUCCGAGUUGACCGGCUGCCUUCAUAUUGUACGAACAGAUUCGACCAAGAUUGAAUCUCGAAGAAAUCUCAAGAAACCCAACUUGUGGCAGAAGCUCAAAAAUGGCCAGAACUAA